AUGUCUUGUCUGGCUGCGUUGUGCCUGCUUCUCCUGCAGACUGGAGCUUUUGGAUUUGGCCUCGAUAGAGGAGACUCUCUGAGUCAUCAAGCGAUCACUGAGAGAGCCAUCUUAAAUACCACUGCGCAGGUGUGCCGCGCUCUGGCCCUGGCGGGGGGCAAAGACUUCACUUUUCCGCGUUUGACUGCGGUGUCUGUUGCUGUUGCCUGUGAAGCGUCAAAAUCAUCCAGGAGCUUCCGCCAAACCAUAAAUUUAAUCCGAAAUAAGAAUAAGCGAGUAGAUUAUCGUCAUUUCUAUGACCCACACUAUCACUUUGACGAUGAGAAAUUUUCAGAGGGAAGAAAAAUCAUCACAGAAGGACUAUCGGUUCUUAAGGCCAGUAACAAGCUAAAGAACUUUGAGGCAGCGAGAGAAAAACUGGGAGAAAUCUUACACCCUUUACAGGACUUCUACAGUCAUAGUAACUGGGUGGAAAUGGAAAACAAUUUGCCAAACUCCAAUCUGAUCAGAGAAAACGCCAUCAUUGGUAACAUCGCAGCUGAAAGCAGAGCAACCUGCCGCAACUGUAUUGGAAACGACUGCACAAACAACAUUUUGGAAGAUAUCCUCCGGGAAAAGAUACUUACCUCGGGAUAUUUUAAUUUUGUGCCUUUAUUAGCGUCCAAACCACCAGGAAAAUGCAGCCAUGGAGAUAAAUUUGAUAGAACAAAAAAUAUAGAACCAACAGGUGGGAUCAAUAAAGACACUUUGACUUCCAGCCAUGGACACCUCCACAUGAAAGCAGCAAAUUUGGCGAUUGCUGCAACCAGUGAGCUACUGGAGGACAUUCGAGGGGCUGCUGGUGACAGACCAUUCCUCCAAAUGAUGGGAAUCUUCAAAGGGAACGCUCUUUGUUUCGUGAUCGACACGACAGGAAGCAUGAGCGAUGACAUUGCAGCAGUGAGGGAAGUCACUUCCUCUAUAAUCAACAGUAAAGUGGGAACAGAAGAUGAGCCCUCAGUUUACAUUCUUGUACCUUUCAACGAUCCAGGAUUUGGGCCGUUGACAAAGACUACUGACCCAGAAGUUUUCAGGAAUGCUAUUAAUUCACUAUCAGCAAACGGUGGAGGAGAUUUUCCAGAGUUGAGUCUUUCAGGGCUUCAGCUGGCUUUAACUGGUGCUCCACCUAAUUCUGAGAUUUUCCUCUUCACUGACGCAAGUGCUAAAGAUCAAUACCUGAAAAGCACAGUGAUCGCACUCAUAGAGCGGACCAAGUCAGUGGUGAACUUCAUGAUAACUAACUCACUGGGAUUGCGUCGUCGAAGACAAAGCAGUCGGAUGGUGUCAUCAGAUGCCCAGCUGUACAGAGACCUGGCUCAGGUGUCAGGAGGUCUUGCUAUUGAAGUCACAAAGAGUGAGCUCCCUGUGGCCACAAGCAUCAUAACAGAGUCAUCCAGCUCCUCUCUGGUGACCCUCCUGCAGGCAGCCAGGAGUCCAGGAAAGGCUGAAAACUUUACCUUCACGAUUGAUGAGUCAGUAAAAAAUCUCACAGUUUACAUCACUGGGAACUUAGUCACCUUUACUCUCAUCAGUCCAUCAGGUGUGUCUCAGGAAAACGAUGACACCACAGGAUCAUUGAUCACAGCAUCCCAGUCAGUGGGAAACUUCAAGACUCUGCAGCUAAAAACGCAACCUGGACUUUGGGAAAUUAAAAUGGUGUCAACAAAUCCCUACAUUCUGAAGGUCAUCGGUGAUAGUCCCAUUGACUUCCUGUUUGACUUUUUGGAGGUAUCGCAGGGCCCGUUAGGAGGUUUAGAUGUUGUAGACAAUCGUCCCAGAGCUGGUGUUAAUGGAAGCCUGAUGGUGACAAUAACCGGGAGUGACUCCACCACGGUGACCGAAGUCAUUCUGGUUGAAUCGUCGGGGUUAAGAGAGGUUAAUGGCAGUGUGGAGGCUCUGGGCGAAGGAGACUUCCUAGCUAAGUUUGACAGGAUACCAGCAGAGGAGUUUGUGGUGCUUGUGAAAGGGCAGAACAGAAAUCGUUCCCCAGGGAUCUUACAAAGGCAGUCCCCCACCACCACCAAAGCAUCUACUGUGACUGUUACUUCUCCUGAUUCAAAUAGCAUCUUGGUUCCAGGAAUACCCCUCUCAGUUCCCUUUUCUGUGAUGACAAGCGGUGCAGGUGGAAACUUCAACAUCCAAGCUACCAAUGACCAAGGUUUUAAUUCAAAUUUCCCGCCCAGUUUAUUUCUGGGAACUGGAGGCAGCGCUAAUGGUACAGUGAACCUCACAGCACCCUCUACCACCCCGUCUGGUACUGACGUCACCCUGACCAUUGAGGUCGAGGCUCCAGGGAGUGCAGACAUCAACUAUGUUGUGCUGCGCUUCACUGUCCUUGAAACGGUGACCGAUUUCACUGGGCCGGUGUGUGAGCUGCUCAGCCUGCAGUCCAACUGCUCUGACAUCUGCAGCGUAGCGAUGUGGGAGCUCUCUGUUCAGGUGACUGAUGGGGCCGAAGGGACGGGCGUCGACCGUGUCAGCCUCAGACAGGGCAACGGGACCAUGAACACCAGCGUGGCGGCUGGCAGCGCGAACGCGACGCUGGUGUCCUACAGUUCGUCUUGCUGUUCGCCUGAUGUUGAGCUGGUGGUUGUGGAUCGGGUGGGUAAUGUAGCCUCCUGUUCCUACAGCGUCCGUAAAACGGCCACCAUCAGCUCACAAAAUGCAACCACCAUCAGUCCUACAUCAACAGCAGCUGUUGCUUCUUUCUCUACCAGGGCUGUUCAGUCUUUUUUUCUUUGCUUUAGCAUCACAAUCCUAGGGCUCAAUUUACCAUUUUAG